AUGGUAUACCUCACCUCCUACAGCGGUAUCUGCCUCGCCGCCCUGUUGAUAACCGCCCAAGCGCAAGAGCACCUAAACAUCACGGCCCUGACAGGACGUGACAACAUCUCGGUGCUCGAGUGCUGGCAAUUCGUCAACCCUUUCAUCAUGUUGACAACUCCCGGCCGCAUCGGCACACAGUCUCUACAACUCCCCAGCCCGGCCAACGCAUCGUAUGACAUUAUACCGUCGCAUUUUGACGGCGUCCUGCACAAUGCGCCGCGGAGGCAAUUCGUCUGGUGGAUCAGCGGUCAAGUACACUUCACUCUCCCCAACGCGACGGACGAGGCCUGGAUCUAUGGGGGCAAGAAUGGGCUCAUCUUCGCAGAAGACACGGCGGAUGUGAGUGAAUGGGGUCACGGGACCGCCUUUCCGAGCGACGAGGAGACAGUGGCCUUGACGAUGCCUACAGUGGACGGGGUUGUGCCCGAGCAUACGGUUUUGCAUAAUGGGGCGUGUGGGCCGCAGGAAUUGUCGGACUGA